AAUUAUUAUUAUUAUUAUACCAAGUCUUCCUUAUUAAUUAUGACACCACCAAGAUCAGAAGGACUUGUAGAAACUGAUACACAAGAACCAAAUCCUCAUCUUCAUAGUAAUGUUCGUCAAGUAGAGUUUGGAGAACAAGAACCCGAUUACUUGCGUAUGAUCUUGACAGCUCGAGUCUAUGACAUUAUCAAGGAAACCCCAUUACAAGAAGCUGUUACUAUCAAUGCUAAAUUAUUAAAAGGUGCUACUGAUUCUCGUAUUUAUCUCAAACGUGAAGACUUACAACCUGUCUUUUCAUUCAAAAUCCGUGGUGCUUAUAACCGAAUUGCUCACCUUACAGAACAAGAAAAGAAGGCUGGUAUUAUUGCUUGUUCUGCUGGGAAUCAUGCUCAAGGAGUAGCCUAUGCUGCCAAACAUUUAGGUAUCAAAGCCAAGAUUGUCAUGCCAGUUCAUUCUCCUGCUAUCAAGUGGAAAAACGUACAACGGUUAGGUGCCGAAGUGAUAUUACAUGGAAAUGAUUUUGAUGAAUCCAAGGUUGAAUGUGCUAGAUUGAUGGAAAAGGAAGGUUUGACAAAUAUUCCUCCUUAUGAUGAUCCUUAUGUCAUUGCUGGACAAGGUACUAUUGGACUUGAAAUUCUUCGACAACAUGAUGUGAAUGAUAUCCAUGCUAUCUAUAUUUGUGUUGGUGGAGGUGGAUUGAUUGCAGGUGUGGCCAGUUAUGUCAAAAGAAUUGCACCUCAUAUUAAGAUCAUAGGAUGUGAAGCAAGUGAUGCCAACGCCAUGACACAAUCGAUGGAAUCUCAUGAACGUGUAGAAUUGAAUGAAGUGGGUCUUUUUGCUGAUGGUGCUGCUGUUAGAUUGGUGGGUGAAGAAACUUUUCGAGUGGCUCAUCAUUUAGUGGAUGAAAUGGUGAAUGUGACCAAUGAUGAAAUCUGUGCUGCCAUUAAGGAUGUAUUUGAAGAAACAAGAUCGAUUUGUGAACCUACUGGAGCGGUAUCGGUGGCGGCUGUCAAGAAAUACCUACAAAGUCAUCCUGGAGAGAAAUCCAAAGGGGCUCAUAUCGCGAUUAUCUCAGGGGCCAAUGUCAACUUCGAUCGAUUACGAUUUAUCAGUGAUCGUGCAGAAAUAGGUGAACAAUCGGAAGCCUUUUGCAAUGUUUUGAUUCCUGAAAGACCUGGUAGUUUCCAUAAGAUGAUUGAACAAGUCCUUCCUAGAAACAUCACAGAAUUCUCCUAUCGAUACUCUUCUCCCGACAAGGCACGUAUCUAUAUCAGUUUCAAAGUCAAUGAUUUGGCAUCGGAAGUACAAGAAGUGUUGGCGAAAUGGAAAUCUCAUGGAAUGGAAGGUUGGGAUGUCAGCCAUAAUGAAUUGGCUAAAACACAUGCAAGAUUUAUGAUUGGUGGAAAACAUAAAGUAGAAAAUGAACGCGUCUUCCGAUUUGUAUUUCCUGAACGUCCCGGUGCCUUGAUGAAAUUCUUAUCUGGUUUACACAUAUCUUGGAAUGUCUCCCUUUUCCAUUACCGUCAUCACGGGGAUUACAUGGGCAAGGUCUUUGUUGGAAUGCAAGUGCCACCGGAAGAUAAUGACUUUUUGAAUGAAUACCUGGAUAGUUUAGGAUAUACUUUUAUAGAAGAAACUGAUAAUGUAGUAUAUAAAACUUUUUUACGAUAUGAUUGAAUAAAAACAUAGACUUCUUUUUUUCUUGUA